UAGAAACGAGAAUGAAAAACAUGCGAAGUGAUGCUUGUUGACAGCAUCAUUUGAGUUUUGCUUUAUUUACCUUAUAAACGUACUGUAGCUAUCCUGAAAUUAACUGUCAAUAGCAACGAAACGUUAAGUGUUGCCUCGUAUGUUUACCUUUAGUCUCUGGCCCAUAAGUCCAUCUGUCUUAGCAGCACUAGCAUUAGCAGCUAACCCUACAAGACAUAGUAACGUUACUUAAACGACAUUUUGACAGCGUUUUAGUAUUUAAAUCUACCACCGCUGGUUUCUGCAGUAUGAGUUAUGAAUAUGGUGGCGGGGGUGGGAGAAGAGGUGGAAGAGGAGGUGGAAGAGGAGGUCGAGGAGGAGGUCGAGGAGGAGGUCGAGGGUACAGAGAUGGAAGCAGAGAUGGAAGCAGAGAGAGAUGGGACAGGGGAGGCGGACGGGGCUCAGGGGGACAAAGCUCGGACUUCGACCAGGACCCAGGAGGAGGGGGACAACGGGACCGGCCUCCCCCACACCUGAAGGGACGGGAUAUCGGUAUGUGGUACGCAAGAUACGGAGCCGUGAGGAGGAAGCAGGCUGACCGGAGAUCGCGGCCGGUGGUCCAGAUGGAUGCAGCCAGAGAGCAGCACAUUACGAAGCUGCUUAACUCUGUCCAAAAUGAUCAGCCUGGUCCAGCGAGAGACUGCAGGGAUGCAGGAGCCUCUACAUCUGACAGCUGGCGGUCAGCUGCCAAUAGUAGUGGUCAUUGUUACUUUGAUGGCGAAGCGUCUGAAGAGGAUAAAAAGAAGAUUGAGUUCAAGUCUGAAGAGGAGGAGGAGGAAGUUACUCAUAAAACACAACGUUACUUCUCUCCAGCAGUUGUUAAAGAUGAGGCUCCAGAUGCGUGGGAUAAAGACGACCAGCAGGAGAAAGAGGAGAAAGAAAGUCUGAAAAAGAAAGACAAGGAACUGGAGUUCUUGUGUCAAGAAGUAGUGAGGGACAGUUCACUGGAUGAACGCUUACAGAGAGAUCUGCAGAGCAAGAAAUCUGAUCCAAAGUACAAAGAAAUGCUGAAAUUCAGGGAAAAACUACCGUCCUAUAACAAAAAAGAGGAGCUUGUGCAACUGAUCAACUCUAGCCGGGUCCUGGUGGUGAGCGGGGAGACGGGCUGUGGAAAGACCACCCAGGUCACCCAGUUCAUCCUGGAUGACUACAUCAACAGAGGAGUGGGCUCGAUGUGUCGGGUGGUCUGCACGCAGCCUCGGCGAAUCAGUGCCAUCUCGGUAGCAGAGCGUGUAUCAGCGGAGAGGGCAGAAAGUGUAGGAAAUGGAAAUUCAUGUGGUUACCAAAUCCGCCUGCAAAGCCGGUUACCACGGAAACAGGGUUCGGUCUUGUACUGUACAACAGGCAUAAUUCUUCAGUGGCUUCGCUCAGACCCAAUGUUGUCUAGUAUCAGCCACCUGGUUUUGGACGAAAUCCACGAGAGGAACCUGCAAUCUGACGUUUUGCUCGUCAUCGUCAAGGAACUACUUAACCUUCGAGAUGACCUCAAGGUCAUCCUCAUGAGUGCCACGCUCAAUGCAGAGAAGUUUUCAAAGUUUUUUGACAACUGUCCAGUUAUCCACAUCCCUGGUUUGACGUUCCCAGUGGAAGAGUUCUUGCUGGAGGAUAUCGUGGAGCUGACGAGUUAUCGCCCUAAGAAUUCAGACCGCCGGCCCUCAUGGAAGAAAGGCUUUAUGCAGGGCCGCCAGUCCAGACCUGAGAAGGAGGAGAAGGAGGCUGAGUACAAGGAGAGCUGGCCUUGUUAUGCGCGCACUCUGCAGGACAGAUACUCCGACCACACCAUUGAGGCCCUAGAGAUGUUUGACAAUGAUGACAAGAUUGACCUUGAGCUGAUCUUGGCACUGAUUCGCCACAUUGUGCUCAAAGAGGAGGAAGGAGCAAUCUUGGUCUUCCUGCCUGGCUGGAGCGACAUCAGCAGUCUCAAUGACCUGCUCACGGCUCAGCAGAUGUUCCGAUCAGAUCGGUUCGUUAUCAUCCCUCUGCAUUCCCUCAUGCCUACCGUUAAUCAGACGAUGGUGUUCAAAAGGCCUCCUCCUGGAGUUAGAAAGAUUGUGAUCGCUACCAAUAUAGCCGAGACCAGCAUUACCAUAGAUGACGUUGUUUAUGUGAUAGACGGAGGCAAGAUUAAAGAGACACACUUUGACACCAACAACAACAUCAGCACUAUGACUUCAGAGUGGGUCAGCCUGGCCAACGCUAAACAGAGGAAAGGACGUGCCGGCAGAGUGUGUCCGGGGAAGUGCUAUCACCUGUACAAUGGUCUCAGAGCCAGCCUGCUGGAUGCCUAUCAAUUACCUGAAAUCAUGAGGACACCGCUGGAGGAGCUCUGCCUGCAGAUCAAGAUAUUGAAGCUCGGGUCUAUAGCCCAAUUCCUAGAGAAAGCCCUGGACCCCCCGACUGAAAAGGCUGUUAACCUAGCCAUCAAGAACCUCAUUGACCUGAACGCCCUGGAUCAUUCAGAGAAUCUGACAGCGCUGGGUUUCCACCUGGCUCGUCUGCCUGUGGAGCCUCACAUCGGCAAACUCAUCCUGUUCGGAGCCCUGUUGGGCUGCCUGGACCCCGUGUUCACCAUCGCUGCUUCACUCAGCUUCAAAGACCCUUUCUUCAUCCCCCUGGGGAAAGAGAAGAUGGCAGAUAUGAGGAGGAGGGUCCUGUCCAGAAACUCCAAGAGUGACCAUCUCACUAUUGUCAACGCCUUUCAGGGCUGGGAGGAGGCGAAACAGCGUGGUUCCAGGUGUGAGAGGGAGUACUGCUGGGACAACUUCCUGUCCGCCAACACACUCCAGAUGCUGCACAACAUGAAGGGUCAGUUUGCUGACCAUCUCAUGAACACAGGCUUCGUCAGCAGCAGGGACCCCAAAGAUCCCAAAUCUAAUGUCAACUCAGACAAUGAGAAGUUAAUCAAGGCAGUGAUUGUAGCCGGUCUCUACCCGAAGGUGGCCAUGAUCAAACCAUCUCACAGCAAAAAGAGGCCGGGGGUCAAGGUGUACACCCAGGCUGAUGGAAAGGUGUGCAUCCACCCAAAAUCAGUCAAUGCUGAAGAGACGGAGUUCAACUACAAGUGGCUCGUCUACCACCUGAAGAUGAGAACGAGCAGUAUCUUCCUGUACGAUUGCACUGAGGUGUCCCCGUUCUCACUGCUGUUCUUUGGAGGAGACAUCACAAUCCAGAAGGACGAGGACCAGGAGACCAUCGCCGUGGACCAGUGGAUCGUCUUCAGCUCCCCGGCACGCAUCGCUCACCUGGUCAAGAGUUUAAAGAAAGAGUUGGAUUCUCUUCUGGAAGAGAAAAUUCGUAACCCUGCUCCUGUAGACUGGCAAAACCGUCAGUCCAAAGACUGUGCUGUCAUCACCGCCAUCAUAGACCUCAUCACCACCCAGGAUAAGCCUACAGUCAGCACCAAAGGCGGAAUAUGGAGGCCUGCUCCGAGAGGACAACACACUCACUUCAAAGACGACAAUGAUGAUGACGAUGAUGAUUAGAAGAGGCCAGGUUCUUGGCUGGAUAUGAAAAGAAGAACUUCAAACCUAAAUCCUUGGACACAGAGGUUAGAUGAGAUAUUCAUAAUAACCAGCUGGUCUCCUUGAUGAUGCUCCUGAAGGCCAAACCCAGGACACAAGAUUACUGGAGAACAUUCUGCACUGUAAUUGUUUGCCUAUUCUGUCAUUAUUUUUGCAAGGACCAAUCCGUGUUUGGAUACCCUCAGUAGCUGUUUUGUUUAUUUUGUACAAUUCUGGUUAAGUUAAAUCUAGCUCUUAUUUUCAAGCAAUAUCACUUAUGGAUUGCGCAAUAAAGAACAAAUGGGCAAACAAAAUGUCUGGGUCAGUUUAAUCUGCCCUACUAUGCUGUAAAAUUGUAGGAAUUCAAACACAAAAUAACCAUUACCCAUGGAAUGGAAUUUUUCUGAGUGAAUGUGGGAUUGCACAAUUUCUUCAGAGUUUUGAGAGAGCAAUCACUAACAUCACCUGGGUAGUAUUUGGUUGGAAUGAACACCUGCAUAGCUGUAAACCUUCAGCAGCACACGGCUGCAUAUUUGAUUUAAAAGCCCAAAUCUCAAACGUGCUGUUGGCUCAAGGAUUUAUGCACCUUCUUGAUGUAUCUGCACUGAAUGUCCAGAGAACUCAUAGUUGAUUUAUUGUGUUCACUUGAUGAAUAAAAGUAGUCAUUUUCUUUGGUCUAUCUAUCAUAGGUGCUUAGGGAAAAGAGAUGUCAUGUUGAUCAUUGAGAGUCCAUGACAGGCUCAAAGUAAUCCAGCUUUUAUUUAUGGUGGCUGAUUGAAAUUCAUAAAGUUGACUAGACAAGUUUCUGCAAUAUAAAUCUGUAUUUAAAAAAAAAAAAAA